AUGAUUUGUUUUUCUCGAGUUCUAAGAUGUUACUCCGAUCGUUCUUCCACAAAAGGGUUGAUAAACUUUGAAAUACAAAAGCAUUUUUUCACCACAAAUAGUGUUUUUAUGAAAGAAAAUAAUGAAAAAGAAUUGCCAGUGGGCGUUCCUGCAUUCGUAAGCUCAGAAAUGCUACCUGCAAUUAAUUUGAAGGAGAUAUAUGAAAAGAAUGAAGCAAAGAUAGAGGAGAUAUAUAAAAAGAAUGAAGCAAAGAUAGAGGAGAUAUAUAAAAAGAAUGAAGCAAAGAUAGAGGAGAUAUAUAAAAAGAAUGAAGCAAAGAUACUUAAACUAACAAAGGAAAACAAUAAAAAGGAAGCCGUGUUACAAGCAAAGAUACUUAAACUAAGCAAGGAAUUCAAGCCUGUUUGCAAUGAACCUAUUGAUAAAUUGUUACAUAAAUUAUGUGUACAAGAAGAUUUUAAAAAAUGUCUGAAAGAAACGUGCAAGUUAAAUAAGGUGCAUAUAAAUGCAGUGACAAAAUGCAUUGAGGGACUUUAUCAUACGGCAUCAAAAUCACUGCAUGGUCGCGAGGGAAAUGAAAUUAUUAUUUCCGCAAAAGAUUGGGUGGCCAACGAAGCAAUUGCCUUGGGACUCUUCUUCAAAUAUUAUAAUAUUCCUUUUGUUUAUUGGGAUGAGAUGGGAGAAUCUAGGGAUUUUCCAUACGAGAUAGCUGUGGAUUAA